CUUAGUUCCACUGACAGCUUGUCAUUUCCCAUCCUACAUGGUCAUGCUACACCAACUGUUUGCACUGUCUGCUCUUGUCAGUUGUCACAGUUCCCAUACGUACACUAUGUGUUUGAGGUUUUUUUUCCUUUUUCUGGCAUCUUUUAUGGGUCGUCCCUGAUUAUCAGCUGAUGAUGACGUGUCGAGGGAAACACUUUAAAUCCGAGGAGUUAAAUGAGCCGCCUCCCUGUCUGCAAACGUAUAGACCACAGCCAUAAUGCUGCUCCUCUCUCUGCUUGUGUUGGUGGGCACCAGUGCUGUCCUCGGCUUCGAUGAUAAGAUCGUUGGCGGCUACGAGUGCAGGGACCACUCCGUCCCCUGGCAGGUGUCCCUCAACAACGGCUGGCAUUACUGCGGUGGAACCCUGAUCAGUGACCGCUGGGUCGUUACUGCUGCACACUGCUAUAAGGGUGAGGACAUUGAGCUGCGUCUUGGCGAGCACCACAUCAGCUACAAGGACGGCCCCGAGCAGUUCAUCGCUCCAGCUGUCAUCGUCCGCCACCCGGACUACGACCGUUACACCAUCAACAAUGACAUCAUGCUGAUUAAACUUGCCGAGCCGGCCAAGAUCAACGAGUACGUCCAGCCCAUCGCCCUGCCCUCCGGCUGUGCCCCUGCGGGAACCCAGUGCCUGGUCUCUGGAUGGGGAGCCACCAAGAGCCCCUUCGGUUGUACGAAAUGCCUGCACUGCCUGGAUCUGCCCAUCCUGUCCCAGCAGGACUGUGAACGCUCCUACCCAAACAGGAUCACCUCCUCUAUGUUCUGUGCUGGCUUCAUCGAGGGAGGAAAGGACUCCUGUCAGGGAGAUUCUGGGGGCCCCCUGGUGUGUAACGGGGAGCUGCAGGGCGUGGUGUCCUGGGGAUGGGGCUGUGCUGAGGAGAACCGCCCCGGGGUUUACGCCAAGGUCUGCCAGUUUAUUGACUGGAUCCGCUCCACUAUGGCCGAUCACUGAAGAGGAAAGAUGUUCAUUACUCCAUAAUUAUAUGAGGACCAAGCUGCUUUACUAACCAGUUCAUGACUUCUCUGACCAUUUGCAGAUCAUGUGUUAACAGUGACAGUAAAGUAGCAUUGUGGGUAACAAGCUAACAACGUUGUCUGGAAUCAUUUCAUCAGUCCUUUACCCCAAUAGACCUGUUGAGUUUUGUAAAUGAAAAAAACUAAAUGUUUUUCUUGAACAUUUUAAAGUCACUAUUUUAGACUAGAGGCCCUUAACCCCGCUGCAGGAUUUAUAAAGGAUUAUCUUAUCUUAUCUUAUUUUAUCUUAACCCACCAGUGACUGACCAUCAGAUCAACUUUGUGAAUUUUAAAGUAUGUGUGGAUUAGGAGGUUCCUGAAGGUGAAAACAUUGCACU